GCCAACUUUUUCUCUUUCUGUUUUUUUUUUUUUGAAAAAAAGAAUAAACUCUCUCUUUCUGACUUUCCUUUCUAUCUCUUUUCUUACCAUCCUAACAUCCAUCUCAAAAAAAAAAAAAAAAAAAAAAAAAAAUCCAUCUUGUUGUGCUUUUCUGGGUAUCCCCAGAAAUCACAAGAUUAGCAAUAGUCUUAGGCAAUGCCGAACUGGGAGCUCAAGGGCUGUUGCAAGCAUGACCAAGUUGUUUUUCUUGCUACAAUUGGAGUCUUCACUGUUGUUAUCCUUGCGCUAUGGAGGACAGUACUACUUACACCAUUUAAGCUCAUCACAGUGUUCUUGCAUGAAGCAAGUCAUGCAAUCGCUUGCAAACUCACAUGUGGUCAGGUAGAAGGAAUCCAAGUACAUGCAAAUGAAGGAGGGGUCACACAAACACGUGGUGGUGUAUAUUGGGUGAUCUUGCCUGCAGGAUAUCUUGGUUCAUCGUUUUGGGGAAUGGCUUUGAUACUUGCAUCCACAAAUAUCCUAACUGCAAGAAUUGCUGCUGGUUGUUUAAUUGUUGCACUGAUUGUUGUGCUCUUUGUCGCUAAAAAUUGGACACUCCGUGGACUUUGUAUUGGUUUUAUUAUAUUCCUUGCUGUAGUUUGGAUUUUGCAAGAAAAGACUACUGUCCGUAUUCUUCGCUAUGUCAUUCUCUUUAUUGGUGUGAUGAACAGUUUGUUUUCAGUUUAUGAUAUCUAUGAUGAUUUAAUAUCUCGAAGGGUUAACUCCAGCGAUGCUGAGAAGUUUGCAGAAGUUUGCCCUUGCCCUUGUAAUGGGGUUGGAUGGGGAGUUGUAUGGGGAAUUAUAUCAUUUUCCUUUCUUUGUGGAUCAAUGUAUCUGGGACUUGUCAUCCUAUCUUGAGGAUCAGAGACUUUGGUUAAACUCUCCUCGGUAUUGCAAAGAUGUUGGCUGUUUAUUUUUCUGCUAAACUGUCUAGUUUCGAAAAUUUGUAGUAGGUGUCGAUCUGAUAUUGGUAGUGUUAUACCUUCAUUCUUUUACCCUUUCAUUUAGGGUUACAUCUAGUUUGUUAUUCUUCCUGUAUAGACAUUUUGCGUUGAUUUAAUUAGCUUUUGUUAGGGAUUGAACUGUGACAGGAACAACUGAUAUGUUUAAAUGAACUAAAAUAGUUUUUCCA